AUGCAGUGCAGCCACAGCCCACAGUUGACCCGUCUUCCUUCCGGCUCAGUGUGGUGUGGGUCCAACAUAAGACACAUUUCGCAUGCAGGAUGGUACAAAUCCGAUCCAAAGCCGCGUAACAUCGCUUUCAGUCCUGACGGACCAUGGUUUGUAAGUCGACGAACUGCUAGAGAUUCCGACAUGAAUGCCUCCCGUGCCAUAGUUCGCCUUGCCUGCUUGGUGCUGCUUUGCACAGUUGUCAGACUAAGUUUCCUCACAAGUUCAGCUUUCGCGUCUCCAUGCUCUCGCCCCUCAGGGGGGCUUUCAGUUCCGGCAUUGCAUGCAGAGAGUUCAGCAUUGCCGAAUCCUAAGCCUCACAGAUAUGGUUCCUGCAACUUGGCAUUGUUGGCACUUGGCCUGAGUGCACUGGCUUUGAGACCACAGAUGACUAAAACGACGCGAGUGCAGCGCUUUGCCGGUUUCGGAGGAAGUGGCUUGAGUGGAAAGUGGGGCUGCUACAAAACAGAAGGAGACAUCGAUGGUUAUUGGAAAGCCACUGGCUUGCCAUGGCUGGCCCGGAAGGGCUUGCAACUCAUGGACUGGGGCGCAGGAAAGAACCAGAAUAUUCGAGAAUUUUCGCAGAAAGCAGACGACAUUGAGAUGGAGUACUCCUUCCAGGGGCCCGGGCUCGGAGCUUUGGGCUUCACGGAGAAGUACAAGGUUGGCAAUGGAACUCAGGUCAUCACCCGCAUGGGUGGCGCCAAGAUCCUUGUCGAUCCUGUUUGGGAGUCAGACUCCGUAUUGCGUGUUACGAACAUGAGUCCGGCGAAACAGACUCAAGGCUGGACAAAGUCAGUGCUUGGAGGCAGCAAAGACGAAGAUGCCAACCGAGAUGCGAGUGCCAGCGAGACGACUGAUGGUGGAGAAGUCAUUGAUGUUCACCGGUUCUACAUCGAAGAGGACAACCUCGUCCUCGAGGCGGAUUCGUCACCAUCUGGAGGGCCAGUUGUGAAAUGGAUCCUCCGCAAACUCGAGUAG